UUUUUCUUUUGAAAAUGAAGAAACAUUUCUGUAAUUGGGCCUAUUUCAAAGCCCAAUGAUAUUUAAAUACCUCCCUUAUCCCGAAAAUGUCAAAGCCCUUUCAGUCCUAAAACCCUCACACUCUAGUCCGUCUCGAAUUAAUCUCUCCACAUGGCACAAACCGUAAUACGUGCCGCCAGCUCCAUCCUCACGCGCCACCUUACUCUCUCCUUUAUGCUCCCCAAACGCCUACUCUCCACCCAAUCCAUCACUCACCCUCCUUCCAUACCUUCUCUCCUCUUCUCCGGUCGCCGUCUUACCCCUUUUUCCUACGCUGUCCAAGUUCUUCCUCUCGGCCUACCUCGCUUCACCGCCAUCCGAUGCCGCGUCAACCGCUCUGGAAACUCUGCUUACUCCCCGCUGAACUCGGGGUCAAACUUCAGUGACCGGCCACCUACCGAGAUGGCCCCGCUUUUUCCGGGGUGUGAUUAUGAGCAUUGGCUUAUUGUUAUGGAUAAGCCCGGUGGAGAAGGAGCUACCAAGCAGGAAAUGAUUGAUUGCUAUAUCAAAACCCUUGCUAAAGUCGUUGGCAGUGAGGAAGAGGCUAAGAAGAAGAUCUAUAACGUCUCCUGUGAGAGGUACUUUGGUUUCGGCUGCGAGAUUGAUGAGGAGACCUCAAAUAAGCUAGAAGGAUUGCCUGGUGUUCUCUUUGUGCUUCCGGAUUCUUAUGUUGACCCUGAAUACAAGGACUAUGGGGUCAUGGCUGCUCUGGGUGAUGGGAAUAGCCUAUUGUGAGAUAAGAGUGCCAGUCAUGAUACUGUGGCCAUGUUGACAACUGAAAUACUAUCGGAGAAAUAUGUAGCAAUUAUGGUAACUUGUACUAUGGGAAUUGUUCUUUUCAGAAGAUAGCAUCAGUCCAUCCUGGCAAAGCUAUAGAGUUUCAUUUGUACUGUUUAGCUUCUAAUGCUAAUGAUCUUGAACAAAGUGUCUUUGUAUCUGUACUUCUGAUGCUCUAUGGAGCUUCAGCUUGGAGAAGAUUAUACUUAAUAGAUGUAAUGUAUGUAUAUAUUCAUAUAGGCUUUACUCAAACAUGUAAUGAGUCAAUAUCUGCAUGUUAUGUGCAUAUUUGUUAUUAUCAACAAGAUGAAAUGAAUAUUAUUCAUUGGAAGUCUGGAACAGAAAUGAUCUCAUAAACUGUUUACAUCAGUCCAUCUUGGCAAAGCUACUAGCUUUAAGUUGGCAAUUUGUAGCUUUGAAUGCUAAUGGACUCCCAUCGAAGUCCUCUUGAUACUGUUCUGUGCUUUCAUUUACGGAGUUGCAGAAUUAUUGGAGAAGAUACAUAAAAUGUACAUGUGUCAAUAUCUGCAUGUUAUGUGCAUACUUGUUACCUGAAGUGAAUAUUGUUCAAUGGAAGUUUGGGACGGAAAUGAUCUAUUCAAGAGCUGAUAAACCCUUUACCGCAGUCCAUCUUGGCAAAGCUACUAGCCUUGAGUUGGCAAUGUGUUGCUUUGAAUGCUAAUGGACUCACAUCGAAGUCUUCUCGAUACUCUUCUGUGCUUCAUUAUGGAGCUGCAGAGUUAUU